AUGGCGAAUAAUCGUCGUACUCCAAUCUUUAUUGCAUGCGAAAGAGGAGAUUUGAGCCUUGUUCAAGCACUAGUCGAACGUGGCCGUGCAAAUACUAAUAGCUCUGCUGCCUUGCUAAUCGCUAUUGAUCAAGGUUAUGAUGAAAUUGUUGAUUAUUUAAUACGUCGAUGUAAUGUUCAUGAAAUGGGUUACUUCGAACAACUGACAGUUGACAACGCCAUUGCCGGAUGUCUCAACGUUGUUAGUUGUGUUCAUGUGAUGAUUCAAUGUGGGGCAAAUGUCAAUGCAGUUUGUCGUUAUUUCAAAGAAAGACCAUUACAUUUUAUUGCUAAAUGCUUGGAUAUUGAUAUUGCAAGACCUAUCAUUGAACUUCUUCUUGUUCAGGGCGCUCAUACUGAUUGCGUCGAUGAUCAAGGUCGUUUACCACACGAUCUGGCAUCAGAACCCAGUGUCAAAGAACUUCUGCGUACAGCGAGAAGGCUCUCGCUUAAAUGUCGAUGUGCUCAAGUAAUUAUUUCAACGAAAAUGAAUUAUCGAAACCGUUUAUCUUCAAAUCUUGUUGCUUUCGUUCGAUUACAUUGCAACAGAGAAACAGAUCAGAUCAAUUAA